AUGGCGAUACGGUCCUCAUACAGGGAGAACAGUGUGGUAGGUAUCAUCUGGUAUGUCAGACCUCGAUGGAUAAUGGGAAACAGGAGUGCGCAUAGGCGAGUCUCGUUUGCGGGUACAGCAGAGACGUCAUUGACAAGUUUCCGAGUUCAGAUGAUGGUGAGAAGGAAAUCCUGCAAGGCAUGGAGUAAUGGAAGAAUGCAUUCUGUAAAGCAUCGAGUGAUGAUGUGUGGAGAAAAAGAACGAUAUUCGUUAGGAGCAUUUGGAGUUCCAGUAGAGGGUACCAUCAUCAAGGCACCAAAGGAGUUAGUAGAUGAAGAACAUCCACAAAUCUUUAAAGACUUUGACUAUAUGGAUUUUAGUAUGUUUGGCCUUUCAGCGGAAGCAAUGGCCAUCGACUCAGCAAUGCAAAUUUCAGCUUUUGCAGGAAUCAGUAGCUGA